AUGAUCAACGUGAAACUCUCAGAAAGAUACGCCCUUGUGGAUGGAUACCUUGUUCAUACUGGCAAAGAUGGGCGUCGGCGGUUAGAGGUACCUGGCCGCAAUGUAGGAAGAAUGGCAAAAGCGGAACGCUCCGUCUUCCGAGAACACGAACGGGAUAUGCCAGACUUGUCAAACUACAAGAACAGCGAGUAUGAUCUUUUCAGCUGCAGCUCAGAACUUCUUUUCGAGACCGUGGAGAAGGAAAAAAAGUAUUUUUAUCGUAGUGAUGGUGGAAAGAAAUUGUUACAGCUGGCACGCUCACGCAGCAAAGAUCGGCAGCAGGCUUCUGAAUUUGAGGUUAUUCCUCUUGUUUUUUCUCAUAACAAAAGAAAAUAUCUGUACUACCGCAGCGAGCAGCCAAUUACCAUAAAUGACGAGACGGAUCCACAUCGAAUUACCGCUGCUCAGACGAAAGGUGCCAUCCUCCCCAGGCUGAGUUGCCUGCAAUUGCACAAAGUAGUGUUUGAUGAUAGGGACAUCAGUCUCAUACACACAUUUCUCAGCAGCGAAGUCGUCUACAUUGAGGAGAGCGCUGUCCUGCUCCAACACAUGUACAGCUCUGUGAGAAUCAGAAUGUUAUCGAGACCUUUUGUAAGAACGUCUGCGAAACAUAAUGGAUAUGAGCAAUUACCUAAAGAGCUUGAGAGCCAAACAAUCCGAAAAUAUGGAGGUUUGUUUGCCUUCACAUAUUUCGUUUUGUUGAGGCUUGAGGAUUUUUCUUUCACCACACUAAAGGUCAACACCAAGCACUGGGAUCGUUCUUCCCUGGAGGAAAAGGCUAAGCGGCUUUCAACGAUGUUUCAUGCGAUGCUGACAGUGCCGGAGAUGCAUCCUUUGCUCCAUCUCCUAGUACGUUUGAACGGGAUCAGAAUCGAUGAUCCUCGACCCAGCAUGGACACCACGGAUAAAGUUCGCCGGAAGUUAGACGCGUUCAAAGAGUAUGUGAUGUACUCAACGCUAUACAAUAGCCCUGACGAAAAGGUACGGUACUUUACAGGGGAAACUUCCUCGGAAUGGUCCUGGAUCAAAGAUAUAUAUGACAAGGUUAAAUUAGAAAGCCUGCAUGACUUGAGAUUCAUGAUCUCGUAUCAACCCCCCGAUUGUCUGAGGGUUUCAGGAAAGUCAUUUUCGCGUGGCUACAUCCGGAGUCUUUACUCCACUUGUGAGGAACGUUUUGAAGAAAUUCUCGAGGGCAUCAGCGAAUUUUACGAGAUGCCGUCGGUGAAAAUGGCUGCUUUUGAGGUGUUGGAUGACCCGAAUGCUUUUUUUGGAGAAGACUUGUUGGAACCAAAACGGGCGUUUCAAAAUUUGGUCAAUAGAUCAGCACUUUCGAGGAUUACUCCAAAAAGGCUGAAACCUACUGACUCUCUCACUCCGCUCUUGAUUGAGGCACUCGAUGAGUGCACAGUUCUUCUCAUGUGGAUGAUAUAUCUCACCUGUGGCUCACCUUACCGCUACCCUGAGCUAUUGUUGUUGAAGUUUGCGGGCAGUAACAGGAACAUAUUCGUUGACCAGCAGACCAGAUGCAUUCUUCUCUGGACGGGUUACCCAAAGUUACGCGGGAGUAGGUUAGACAUGAAGAUGCUUUCAAAGAACACAUCCAACUAUGUCUUUUUUUACAUCAUGGUACUCAGACCUAUUCAAGUCCAGCUCGCGGGGAAGGAGUACGACAAGUUCAGACGGGAUAUAUCUGACGAGGUCAAAUACGAGCAGGAGAUUAUCGAGAUAUUCUCUGAAACCGGGGAAAGUUUAGAUGGCAGGGAGCUGUCUCAGCAAGUGUUGCGAAUGCACCUAUGCGUGGAUAUAAGCAAAGGCAAUUUGGUCAAGGAUUGGGUCUUUGAAUCGUUUCUCGAAAAAUACCCUUCCACAGUUCCCAAAGCUUUGAGGUUGGGGUUGCGUGACUUACGGUAUGGAAUGGUAGGACUGCUUCGGAAGUAUGUCAAGGCUGGUCAUUUAUUGAGAAACGCGCAGUUUGAGGCAGUGAAGGAGCAGUUAGCCGCUCACUCGGUAACUAUUGCUGACCCAUCGUCGGCCACCAGCAUACAGCCGGCUACUGAGUUCAAGCUUGAAGUUGCAGUAUCGCAGAAGUGGAAUGAAUGGUUAAGCUACGACGGUGAGGUCACGGCGAAAGCGGCAGUAACAGGUGAGGUUUACUCAGUCUUCAGUCCUCCCAUGUCAAGUGCUGGCGACGUAAUGGAUAUCGCAGAGUCUCUUGGUAUUGAUUUGCGUAGAGAACAGGUCAUCCUAUUAAUCGAAAUUUACUUGUCCGAUAGCGAGAUUAUCCCGAUUCAAGCACCCGCCGGGUUUGGCAAGACGCUGAUGUACGAGAUUCCGAUGCUUGCACUAAAAGAGCAAAGAGUGGUAUCAUUUGUGUUUGUCCCAUCUCAAGCGCUUCUUGAAGCUGCAACCAGACGACUCCGAAAAAAUGGACUUCGGGUUGGAAUCGUCAGGAGAUUGCUUGCAGAUUAUCCCCAGGGGAACUACGCCUUUGAGCAAGUGUACGUGGGGACUUUUGAUGAUCUUGGAAAUGAAUAUUUGGUAGAGACCUUUGAGAUGUGGAGACAUCUCAUAGUGGGGACUGAGCUUGGUAUGCUCGUAAUUGACCAGUGUCAUAAUCUGUAUGAAGACAAGGAGUUCAGAAGCGCAGCGUUUGCAGGCAUUCCCAAAGUUGCAUAUUCUCACUUCUGGAAAGUCGUUCUGCUGACGGCAACAGCUAGCAGUACUGGAAUGAAGGAGUUACUUCGCUACUUGAGCUUUGAUGAGCGCACGCGGAUAUGGGAUUUUGUCGGACCCACCCCUUAA